GCAGCCACGAGAUGCUAACCAAGUUUUUGUUUAAAUAACAGUUACUAACUAAACUCUAGAGAAUGUCUGGCCGGAACAAAGGUAGAGGGAAGCGUGGCGGUGGUCCCUACCGCAAUGUUAAAUCAAAUCACAACUGUGAGCGCAACUUUGCCCAGCAGGAAAAUGAACUGACCAAAAGCGGUAGCGACAGUAGCGAUGAUUCCGACUCCUCGUCGGGUGGGGGUCAGGAUGAUCUUGGCCACCCACCGGACUUUUCGGUUGCCAUGUGGGACCUCAAUCACUGUGAUCCAAAGAAAUGCUCUGGCAGAAAGUUGGCACGCUUGGGACUGAUAUCGAAUCUGCGCCUGGGACAAAAGUUUCCCGGUCUCGUUCUGUCACCCGUUGGCCAGUUGUGCGUUAGUCCUCUGGAUCGUGAGAUUGUAGCUGCUUCCGGCGUGGCCGUGAUUGACUGCUCUUGGGCUAAACUGGAUGAGACACCCUUCAGUCGCAUGCGUAGCCCACAUCCCCGUCUUCUGCCCUUUCUGGUGGCCGCCAAUCCCAUCAACUACGGGAAGCCCUGCAAGCUGAGCUGCGUCGAGGCUAUAGCUGCCACACUAUACAUUUGCGGUUUCACGGAAGAGGCACGCUGGUUCAUGGGCAAGUUCUCCUGGGGCCAUGCCUUUCUGGAGCUAAACGACAAGCUGCUAAAUGCGUAUGCCGCCUGCACGGGAAGCGAUGACAUACUUAAGGUGCAAAACGAAUACUUGGAGACGGAGCAGAAGGAGCGCAACAAGCCGAGGGACUUGCGUGACUUUUAUCCCACCAGCAGCAGCAGCAGUGCCAGCGAGGAUGAGGCAGCAGAAGAAGAGGGGGAAACAAACACCAAAAGCUAAUCUUUACAAGGUUCUCUGAUGUUUUAUUAUCAAAAUACCAUUUAACCAAUUACAAAACUCUGCGUGUGUUUUUUUUUUUUUAUUAUUUUACAAACCAGCUGUGAAGAGCAAUUCUCAAACUAUUACAAACUA